UGUCGGAGCAACGCUAUCAUCCUCAGAAACCUGCGUUUAAUAUGGGGUAUAAAUCAAGAUCUGAACGUGAGAAGGGUAAUACGCAGUCUCAGGUGUAUCAAACUCCGCCUGUUGUCACUGCUUAUGGCACUCCAUCUACUUUCCAGCCUCCACCAGCGAUGGUCCAUCCUACUGCUCCUCAGAUGCCUAUGUUUCCUCCAUUCAUUGGCGCAGGUACACAGCUUCCAUUUGGAAUGGCUCCAAUGAACCAGCCCAACCAGCAAAUGACACCUCAACAGAUGCAGCAGUUCCAACAAUUCCAGCAAAUGUUACAAUUCCAAAUGAUGCAACAGAUGAUGCAGAAUGGUCAGAAUAACAAUGGUCCAUACCAAAAUAACCAGCAAUAGACAAGUGUAACAUUUCCUUACGUCGUGUUUUGUAUUAUUAUAAAGUAAUGAGUGUGU